AUGGGGUGCGGCCAGUCCAAGCUGGAGGAGGAGAAGGCGGUGAGGCACUGCCGGGAGCGCUCCGAGCUGCUGGCCCUCGCCAUCCGCCACCGCUACACGCUCGCCGACGCGCACCGCGCCUACGCCGACUCGCUCGGCAGGGUCGGCGUCGCGCUGCACGACUUCGUCCGCGGCGUCCAGACGCUGCCCCCGCCGCCGCCCGAGCCCACGCUCCACCUGCCCCCCGGCAACCGCAAGGGGGACGGCCUGCCCGCCGCCUCGCCCGCCAACAACCCCGCAAUCGCCUCCUCCUCCAACGGCCAGGCGCCGCCGCCCGCCGCCAAGCAGGUCCGCAUCAACCCCGACGACGAGCACAUCCACUUCCACUCCGACGGGGACUCCGAUUCCGAGGACGGCCACAUCAAGUUCCACUCCGACGACGAGGCCGGCCCGGGCCAGCGCCGGCCCGAGAUCGUUCGCUCCGCGGGGGAGCCGGGCCAGAGGCCGCCGCGGCAGCAGAUGGGGCCGCCGCCGUAUGGCUCCUCCGCGUACGGCCCGCCGCCGUCGUAUGGUGCUCCUCCGGGGUACGGGUAUGGUGGAUAUCCCCCUCCACCUGACUACGGCGGCAUGGGAGGGCCCGGCGGCUAUGACCCGGGCUAUGGCGGCAUGGGGGGCGCCGGAGGCAAUGGACCGGGAUACAGCAGCAUGGGACCACCGCCACCUCGCAGUGAUGGAUAUGACCCACCUGGCUACGGUGGCGUUGGUGGCUAUGGCCAGAGCUUCUUCAACAUGAACUAUGCCCGCAGCCAGCCCCCACCGCCGUCCGUUUCACACCAGCACCGCCCAGAGGCCACAGACGCCACCGUCCAAACCUUCUUCAACAUCAGCUAUGCGCGUGGCCAGCCCCCGCCGCCGUCUGUAUCGUUCAAGCAACGGCGGGAGGCCAGUGAUGCUACCGUUCAGACCUUCUUCAAUACCAGCUAUGCUCGGGGACAGCCCCCUCCGCCAUCCGCAGCGUACGAGCAACGCCCUCAGGCCAGUGGUGCCAGGGUCCACUAUUAUGGUGACGGCGGCACACAGCCACCCCCGCGCGGGUACAAUGGGUAUGCCUCCCCGCCGCAGAGUUCCUAUAACCAGUAUGCCUACGGUGGUUACUAUGGCGGUGCUGCUGCUCCACCUCCAGCAGAUAUGCCAUCCUCCUCCCGUGAGGAAGUCGUGCCACCGCCGCCUCCAUCUCCGCCGAGUGUGUCUACUUGGGAUUUCUUGAACCCAUUUGAGACCUAUGGGAGCUACUAUGACCAGCCAACUGCUGCUCCAGCGCCAUACACUCCCAGCAGGAGUUCCAAAGAUGUGCGCGAGGAGGAGGGCAUCCCCGAUUUGGAGGAUGAGGACAUGGAGGUAGUCAAGGAAGCUUAUGGUGAUGACAAGCACCCGUUGAAUGGGCACACUGGGAAAGGGAAGGCGGCAAAGGAGGAAGGUCGCAGCAGUACUGGGGAUGAACUGCCCCGUGACUCCAAGUCGUCGCUGCCAAGUAGUAGUGGGAGCAGCUUGGAUCAUGAUGUUCAUGUAGUGGAGAAGAGUGUUGUCGGAGAACAGGCACGUCAACAUGUUGCUGGCCUGCCGCCCACAGGUUCAGAGAAGACGUAUGUUGAUGACAAUGAGGUGGUGCUCGAGAUCAAGGCUCAGUUCGAGCGUGCCUCCAGUUCAGCUGGUGAGGUGUCCAAGAUGCUUGAGGUCGGCAAGAUGCCUUACUACCAGAAAGGUUCUGGUUUCAAAGUAUCUGCCAUGAUGAUUUGUGGGAUACCGACAAUGGAGGAGGAGUUCCUGCGGUUCGAAGAGGACAAGGCGAUGGGAUGUGGCAACCUUUCCUCGACGCUACAGAAACUAUACAUGUGGGAAAGGAAGCUUCUUCAGGAAGUUAAGGCUGAAGAGGAGGAAAGGCUUAAGUAUGAUAGGAAACGCCAAGACCUGCAAAUAUUAGAUGAGAAAGGUGCAGAAACUGAAAAGAUCAUAGCUACUGAAAAGGAAAUAAGGAAGUUAUCAACAAGGAUAAGCAUAGCUAUUCAGGUUGUGAACACCAUCUCAGGCAAGAUCAGUAAGCUAAGGGAUGAUGAGUUAUGGCCACAAACAUGUGAGCUCAUUCAAGGGCUGAUGCGGAUGUGGGACGUUAUGUUAGAAUGCCAUCAGAUCCAGCUGCAUGCCAUAUCCCAAGCUAAAAACAUAGACUCCAUGAUAGAUGCUGCAAGGUUUGGUGAUGAUCACAUGGACUUGAUCAAGCAUCUAGAGCUUCAGCUAUUGGACUGGACUACCUGUUUUGCCGGAUGGGUUACCGCUCAAAAGAACUAUGUUAGUACGUUAAAUGACUGGCUGCGGAAAGGAGUUGAAUAUGUGCCCGAGGAAACGGAUGACGGUGUCCCUCCAUUUUCUCCUGGACGGUUAGGUGCACCGCCCAUCUUUGUGAUAUGUAAUAACUGGGCAGCCGGCGUGGCGAGGAUAUCUGAGAAGGAAGUCGUCAAGGCAAUGCAAGCCUUUGCGUCCAACGUUCUCCACCUCUGGGAGAAGCACAGGUCACAGCAAAGGCAGGGUAUGAUGGCUAAUAAAGGAAUGGACAGGGACCUGAGGGUGAUGGAAAAGGAUGAACAAAAAAUGCGCAAGGCUCUGGAAGCAAAGAACAAGAAGCUUGUCCUGGUUUCUGAUCAGACAGGCGUGUCCUUGUCCGCGCAGGUGUUACAAGGCGCAGGCCCCCAAGCCGAAAACAGCAGUCUGCAGUCGAGCCUGAGGAAUAUUUUUGAAGCGAUGGAGACCUUCACUGCCGCCUCCGCAAAUACUUAUAAGGAUCUCAACCUUCGCGCCGAGGAGGAGAAAGCUCGAGUCGCCGGAGAGAGUGGCAGUAGUGUUCCGUAG